CGCCUCGCGACGCCGAUGGGACUUGUGUUCGUGAUACACUCUUAGGUUAGCGUUUAGUGUUCGCCAGCAGUAGCUUUUGUACAGUGUUUUAAUCUAUAUACAUACAUAUAUAUACACACAUACACGCGCGGUACACACAUAUAUAUACGCAUAUAUAUAUUUUUCUUAACCGAUUGUUAAAUUCGUGAACGGAAGAGACUGCGUAACCGAUCGAAUUUACAAUACGUCCAGUUUGACCAACCACAAAGAUUCAUUGUAUUUUCGUCUCAACGAAUUGCUGCGAAUAAGCCAGGUCCACGGCGUGUCGUUCACCUUCUCUGGGCAACGAGAAGAAAAAAGAAAUUUUUGGAAACUCCAAAAAUACACUGUGAUCUUUCCUACUAACCAAUUUGUCCUUGUCAAGGUGUCGGUAGCUUUUCCUAACUCGUAUGAGUAGUCUCCUGGUGUAAUCUCUAUUCCUUAUUUUACGACUCGAUGUUAACCAGAAAAGCUCUUACAAUCAGUCGAUCGUAAUCGCGAAUUACAUAGUAAGUGUCGCGAGUAACGGUUGGCGUUUGCGACUGGCUGAUAGAGAAAAGAUAUAGGAAAAGAAGAGAACAAGGAAGAGCCGAGUGAAAAUGGGGUGCAAUACGAGCAAGGAGAGUGUCCAGCCAGUAGGGGAUGAAGCGAAGGAGAACGGGAAGAACGGCGAUAUCUCAAACGCAGAAAGCAGCUCAACGAAAGUAGAGUCGCAAGAAGCUUCACAAAAAAAGUCGCAAGAGGGAAAGAAGGAGGCAGAUUCGAAAAAUUCGACCGAGAGCAAAGAAGGGGGAAAGAAGGAAGAGAAGGGUACGGAGAAAGAAAGGGAAGCGGCUGCAACCAGGAUACAAGCAGCUUUCCGUGGCCAUCACGCCAGGAAGAGUAUGAAAGAGACUGAAUCCUCGAUAAAGCAGACGGGGACCAAAUCAAACUCAGAGCCAACCAAAGAACAACUUCAGCAGGAGUUCCGCGCCGACGACAAGGAGCUUUGUGACGCGGCGACCAAAAUCCAGGCAUCUUUCCGUGGCCACAUGUCGAGAAAGGAGCAAGCUACAGCCCUUGCGAAAUCGGCGGAGAAUGCCGUCGAUAAUGUCGUCUCCAAGAUGGAGGAGAAGGCGAAGGACGCCAUGAACGAGCUUGAGGGUAUCGAUCUCACGGAUCCUGAUCUACACAAGGCAGCGACGAAGAUCCAAGCAAGCUUCCGAGGUCACAAGGUCCGCCAAGAAGUGUUAUCGAAUCCUGCGCACGAUGCGCCCAAAAAUUAAGGAUGAGAUUGGAGUGUUGAUUUUUAAACAUCAGAUCGCCGAUAGUAUGUCCGAUAUAAAACUAAGAACGAAGACGGAAAAAAGAGACAAAAAAUACAAACAUAAAAGAAAAAUUAGUCGAACAAUCAAAACGUAAACAGUAAAUCGGCCUUCGUCUUUGCUUUUUCGUUUGUCGCUGAGUUGGAUCCGCUUUAUUCUGCGGCACGAUUACUCCGAAUUGUACGUUCCGCUGUGAUUUGUUUAAAACUGAGCUUGUAAGUUCGCAUAAAUCUUCAAACACGGAUAAUCCCCGUCAAACAAUUUUCCAUCCGAAUUCGUACUUACGUAUUUUUCGCCCUUUUGGAAAUAUGGUAUUCCAAAUAUAUGGAUAUUAUUUAUUCUGGUUAUACAUGAUUUUCAAUUUCUAUAUUGAAGAUUCAUACUUAGAUUCGCAUUAAGCACACCUGCCUAUUUCAGGCUAGUAUGCUUCUUGCUUAAUAUUUUCAAAUACAUGCUAUAAUAUAUAUAUAUAAUAUAUAUAAUAUAUAUACCAUAUAAUAUAUAUAAUUAUAUAUAUAUAUAUAUGUGUGUGUGUGUGUAUUACAUGCUAUCAACAUCCUUGUUAUUCACAUUUCGUCGAGAUGGAAUAAUAGUUGAAGGAACAAAUUGAAAAAAACGGACAAGUCGAUAAAAAGACCACGCUACUUAUAAUACCGAGCAUAGCAUAUAAUAACACGUUGAAUUGAAUCACGGUCAAUCAUGAAUGAAAUACACUUAUUUUAGUAGAAGAAGACUGUUUGAGCUUUACCCACUGAUUGGCCAAAAGAAUGAACGAAAAGGAGCUAGACAAAACUAAAGAAACGCAGUGGGAAAUUAAUUUGUUGGAUAGCCGAGCGAAGCCAGCAACCUUUUCAUAAAUUCGAAGCGCGAAUAAAGGAGCAUAGCGGAUGAGUGCGUUUCUUCGAGCAGAUCCAAUUACGUGGAUCGAUUUAAUCGCUCGGCCGCGUAUUCAAUAUUUCAGUGCGGAAGUUUUCGUUUAAUCAACCGAUACGUGAGACUCGUGCGUUCAAGAUGAACACGGUGAACGCUCGAUAAAUUUGCCAGUCCGUUGUUAAUGCGAAAUUUAUUAGCAGCCGAAAAAGCUUGGAAAGGAUUAUUUGCGAUAGCGAGCGCCAAUAUAUGUACGUAUGGAAGCUGAUUCAAAAUUUCGACAAUAGAUUGCACGGGGCGCGAUGCACGCGCUACCGCCGCAUUCUCUUCCUCCCUUGUAUAAUUUUACCGUACGAGAACCACCGUCGAGACUCGACGACUCGGCCAUUCGUAUCGGACGUUCCUUUUUUAUGUUGUACACUGUACACCAUGAAGAUUCGCAAAUGAAAACAGUGAAAGAUUACAAACACCGAAUAAUUAAAAUGUCAUCCAACCGCAUACUCGAUACGUGAAAUCACGAGUCUGCUCGCCACAGGAGGGUGGAGUCGUGUUGUUCCUUGCAAAAGUGAAUUACUUCGAAAAGAUGCGGCACGAACAUAAUAGCAACUGCAAUCUUUGAUAAUCAAUCGAAAGUCGACCGUUUCUUUCCCUUUUCGAGUGUAUACUCGUAAUAUCGUUCACAUCGAUAAAUUUAAUUUCGCGCUAUAGCAAGUCGAUUGAAUUCGUUGAUCAUAUUGUAACGCUUAAUGUAAAUCCAACCAGAUAUAAAGAAAUAUAUGUACAUAAUGAUGUUACGAAUAUGAAAACAAUAGAGAAUUAUUGGUCGGAAAUUAUUCCCUGGUAAGGCGCAUGCCUGAGCAAACAACAUGUUUAAUCGAUAAACGUGUCGUCCAAAUUACAUUGCUCUAACUUUAAGGAUGUCCGUACCGUUAUGUUUAACUGCAAGUUAUUUUUCAAACACCAAAUGCAAAUAUUUUUACGUGUUUGGAUCGUAUAUUACGACACACAAUUAUGGAUAUAUGUACACAUACAUACAUGCAGAUGCUUUUGCAACCCCGUAGACGCAAUAAUUCGACGACAAAGAGGUUACAACGCUCCAGUCGAACUGCCAUGUAACGGGAGCGCGUUUCAUAUCAUUCUAUUCUCAUCUAGUCCUUGGUUUUAAUUUUUUCGGAUUUGUUUCAAUUCGAGCCAAUCGAUAGAAGAGUAAUAUAUUGUUUUUAGCAGGCCUAAAAACAUUACGAAGCUUUUUACAAUCGUUACCAGCACACGUGCAAACUUUCUUCAAAUUUCCGAUGAUUGUUGAUUUUCGACCUAUUUGGUUAUUAACGAAAGACAUAAAAAUCGAUAUUAAGAAAUACAGGGUGAUUUGUUCGACAAAGAAUCUUUUUUGCUCUUAAAAAUGAGAAAAUGAUGACCCGUUCAAAAUGAUUAAACAAUUGCAGGUGUAGUUGGUCAUAAUAUAACGAAAUAGUUAAUGUUUUACAAAUCCUCUUUAAAUACAGAAAAAAGUAUUAUAUCAAGCACGCUGUGCGUUUACUUACAUUUGAUGUUAUCUUUGAUGUGUACUAGGUAAUUAGUUAGAUCAAGAACUUUUUGAACAGAACAGCUUUCGCCUGAAUUAUAUAUAUAUAUAUAAUUAUUUAUGUUGCCAAAAAAAUAUGCGUGCAGCGUUGAAAUACUAUUAUUAUUAUUAGUAUGAAGUACAUGAUAAAAAUUUUACAAAAUAUUCUUUUAAAAAUUUAAGCAUUUUUCUUUAACUUUUUCAUGCUUUAUCUAAGGAUAAUUCAAAUAUUCUAUAUUAUUUCAAUUAUUAUUGUAAUUAUUAAAUCCAACCAACUACGCUCUCUUUGUUUCACGUUAUUAACCACGGGUGAAAUAAAGAAAAACCUUUCGUACAACUAUCGAGCGGCUUCAUUAUGCAUAUACUCACGUUCCUGGAAUUAUUGCAUAAUUUAUGACGCACUGAGUUGACCGUGAUAACAUUAAAUGUUCAGUAGGAACUGUUAUCGUUUUAUCAGUUUCAUUAACGACCUAACUGUUGACUUUGGUUGUCGUUUAUUUCUCCUGUAAAUAUUUUCGAUAUGCGUCACCGAUUCUUGCCAUGCAUUGUCACGUAUCACAACGCUUCUAACGGAUAUUGCGCAAAACACGAUUGUAUUUUCGGAAAAUAACUCAAUUAUGUACGUGUACAUGCACAAUUAAUAUUAUUAAUACUUGGAAACACAUGUUACACAAAUUUUUGCACUUGUCUCUGAUAAUCGUAAAAAGUUAUUGAGAAAUUGUUAUAUAUAUAGUAGUAAACAAAUUUUAGAUGCUACGCCGAAAUAAAAAAAAUUAAGUACGGUUUAAGAAACGUAGAAUUCCGCAAACAGCUCGAUUCUAUACAGUAUUCUCAUACUGAAAUGCACACUAUGAACAAAAUGUGAAUACUAUACGGUUAUCAUAUAUAUAAAGUUAUUGUAUUAUUAGAAAUCUUUUAUGUUGAAGGAACGAAUCUCUAAAAUUUUUCUUCGUAGAUGUCAAAGAACUCUUACACUUGUCAUUGUAUAUGUGAAAAAUAUUUAGCAAUUUCUUACAACUUCCACUUCAUAAUUAUAUUAUUUUCAUUUAUCUGUUAACCUAAUAAUCGACAAAAAAGGAUUGCAAAUUUUAAAUCACGUUUUCCAACUUUCUCGCGUGUAAUUCAACAUUUUCAAAUAUCGUUCAUGCUUUAUCGAUUCCAAUUCUCUUGCAUUUUCACGUUACCUCAUAGGAUACAACUGAUCGCUUCUAGAAAGCUGGUGAAAAUAUUGUUAUCGUUGAAAAUGUCUAUGAAAGUCGGCAUAUGGUCGAUGAUUAACCAAUCGAACAUUCAAAUCAUCAUCCACAUACUUGCUUAAUUUAGUUCUGUUUGCGAAUAACCAAACAGGAAAUUUGACAUUUAAAAUUUGAAAGCCGAUUCACACUGUGUCCUAUCGAGUCUCGGCAACGACGCUAGAAAUCUAUAUAGAGAACGAUCUAAUAUAUUAAAUCUAUUUAUAAUAUUAUAUUCCUGUUAUAAUAAUAUUUGUAUGCUACACCAACUAAGAAGCUCCUGUACGAAUAUUAUUAUAAUCCACACUGACAUUCUAUACAUAUACAUAUAUUAAUACUAUUAAUAUAUUGUGUUUAUAUUAUAUGUUAUAUGUUUAUAAUAAUAUUAAUAUUGUCGAAUAUAUAAAUAUUUAUGAUGUUCGUCAAUGACAUGAUACGGCAAUUGCAUUUUUAUUAAUGCCGUCUAGUGGGGAUCGGCUUUAUAUUUUCACAAAGAAUUAUCAUUUGUUUACAGAGAAAUUCAUUUUUUGAUAUUUCAACUAAAGAAAUAAAUAUAUUAUAAAUGCUUUUUUAAACCGAGAAUGAAUAGUGCAAAGUUGAAAUUGGGCAUUCAACAACGUUGCGUAUUCAAACAUAAAAAUUAUAUAUUUCCAGGAGAGAAUUUCUCUUGGAAGCAAAUACACGGACAAAUGAUGGAUAACUUUAUUUGCCCUAAGCAAAAUUCUGGUGUAAGAAAAUUUAUAUUAUCGAAGAACGAUUAAAAAUUUUUUAAUAUUUUGAAGCUUCUGUAGUUGCAAAGGUAUUUCUCGCUGCGUAUGGUGCGCGAUUAUGAGGUCAAGAAUUAACGGAGAAGGUUAUUGUAAUAAAUUAUAGGCAUUUUCUUCGGUAUAUGACGUUACCACACAGAUAUAGAUUAGUAACGCACAAGAUGUUGCGAGAAAUUGUAUUGUAAGGAUGUAAUAAACAAUUGUAAUGUUUAAACGAGCAGUAUCAUACAUGUAAUCUGUUUGUUUAAAAUAAAUACCCAUUAAGUGUACAAACAAUUCCGACCUGAAGAAUUAAUAGAAAUACACCUUUAAAUAAAUUAAUCGUUUUGGAUAGUUUA